AUGAGCUCACGCGGUGAUGUCCCGGACUCCUUGCGAGAAAAUAUCUUCAUGCUUCACAUGGCUAUCCACCUGCGAUUUUGUCAACUCAAGUUCAUUUUCGGUGACGAAGACGACGACGACGUCGAGCCCAACAAUCAGUAUUUCGAACUUGUCGAGCUCCUCAAGAUCGCGAGCGCGAUCUACCAAUGCGAAAGGUUCCAGUUGGAAUUGUACGACACACCAGAGUAUCGGUACCCGAUUGAAGACCAGGAGAACAAGGAUGUAGACAGGCCUGUGUACCGGAUGUUUCCUCCCGGGACGAUUCAAGAAAUUCGUCAAGAAAUUUGGAAUGAGGAGCAUCAUCAGCCGGCACCAUUUUAUGACGAACAUCAGCAAUUUCCCCACGGCGAAGGCGACGCGUAUUCGGACAACGGAAACGUCCAUGGGAAUCCGACCGGGUAUGACGGUGAAAGAGCGCGCCUGAAUGGGCUUACCAAUGGUCUUGCCAACGGACAUGCGAAUGGGCAUACAGAUGGGCAUGCGAACGGUAAUGCCAACGAGCAUACCAAUGGCCAUACCUACGGUAACCUUAUCGAGGUUAAUGAUGCCGUUAUCAGGAAUCUGGCCAGGCACAACAUUGGGGACACCAACAUGAAUGGGGUGACCAAUGGUCUUACCAAUGGAUAUACUAAUGGGCUUACGAAUGGGCAUAUGAACGGUAAUUUCAACGGGUAUACCAAUGGCAAUAUCAACGAUAGCACCAACUUGGGCGAUCGAGUCAAUGAACUACCUAACGUCAGUGGCACCAGCGCGAGUGCUGUCAACUCCCAACUUCAACCUCCGCCUUUUCGUCCGCAGCGUCAACACCCCCAUCAACCCCCGCCUCAGCUUCCCGUCCAAUUCCCUCCUGAACCGGAUCACCAACGGCAACCUGAGGUUAGCAGGGCCAUCGCCAACAAUUGCGUCGCCACGUUUGAAAUUAUUGACGGCCGCAUCGCCCACGGUAACAUCGUCGAAAGCGACAUUGUCGACAGCGACAUGGAGAUAUAAAACAGUAUUGUCAAUAACAGCGUCAUUACCAGCAGGCAGUAGGAUCAUCGCCAGUAACAUCAACGACUGGAACAUCCUCAACAGCAAUAUCGACGGCCAUACCAUCAUCUAUCUACAACCGUAGCGCCCGCAAUGGUGAUGGUCGAUUCUCUUGACAUGAGUGUUCUCAGCAUUACCGGGAGAGGGAACGAUGAUGUGAACGGCAACGUCAAUGGCAAUACCCGUUGCUGGGAGUACCGACGGUCAAUAAACACCAGAUUGACUGGGCUUUGUUGGGUUCAGGAAUACCGGAUAAUCUGCGCAGCGUACAUGGUAGACUAGACUCUCGGGGCUUGUCUGUUUGUUUCUUUCGUUCACACGACAAUUUUAGAAUAAGAUAGCGAUAUCCAGUAGCGAGUAAAGUGCUUUCGGCGUUUCAAUCCAU